CUUGCUACACCUACAGAGGGAAAGCUAUAUAUAUGUAUAUGUCUGCAUGGCCCCAACAUUUGGACAAUCCUUUUAUAUCUUUGGCCCUAUGAUUGCCAGUCCACCAGCUCCAGCCCAGCCAUGAGGAAAGAAAUUUGCACUGUUGUUUUUCUCCGAGCCGUCUUCACCGAGUUCUUGGCAACAAUGAUUUUUGUGUUCUUUGGUUUGGGCUCAGCCCUGAAGUGGCCAUCAGCCUUGCCAAGCGUCCUACAGAUUUCCCUGGCAUUUGGCUUGGCAAUUGGCACAAUGGUACAGACCUUUGGUCACAUCAGUGGGGGCCAUAUCAACCCAGCAGUGACCAUCGCCUUCUUCGUUGGAAACCAGAUCUCUUUCCUCCGGACGUUGUUUUACAUUGUAGCUCAGCUGCUGGGGGCCAUUGCUGGCGCAGGCAUCCUUUACGGAGUGACCCCCACCAACGCCCGUGGUAAUCUGGCAGCCAAUGGGCUUAGCAACAACACAACAGCAGGUCAGGCUGUGGUAGUGGAGAUUAUCCUGACUUUCCAGCUUGUCUUCUGCAUUUUUGCCUCAACUGACAACCGUCGAAAUGACAAUGUGGGAUCCCCAUCUCUGUCCAUUGGACUGUCAGUCACCCUCGGCCAUCUAGUGGGGAUCUAUUUUACUGGCUGCUCUAUGAAUCCUGCCAGGUCUUUGGGACCUGCAGUCGUCAUGAAGAGAUUUACCUCUGCUCAUUGGGUGUUCUGGGUUGGACCCAUUUCUGGAGCCAUUCUAGCUUCUGUGUUGUACAACUACGUGCUGCUUCCUCACCCAAUGAAUAUGUCUGAAAGGGUGGCCAUCAUCAAAGGUACUUACGAGUCAGAGGAAGAGUGGGAAGAGAAAGAGAAAAGCAUGGAAAUGUCUUCUCCAUAAACCAAAGCAAUCAGAAGGAGAGGGAGAGAAGGAACCUGAUGGCUUGCAUGACAAUAAACACUCACUGUAUACCUUGUAAGCCCAAGAAACUUUCCCCAGUGCCCAGGACCUGAAGAGGGAAUGGAAAGAGCUUACUUGCCUAAAAUAACUGUCUUGAACCCGUGGUUGCAUGUAUGUUGAGUGCAUGAGAAAACGUGGCUCAUUCAAACAGCAAAACUAGACAAGGACAGUACCUUAACCUCCUGGGGCUGUAAAAACCUGGAUGUGCUCCAGGACCAUUCUAUCCACAUUUCUAUUUUUUACAACAGGGCACAGUCUUGUCAUUUGUUUAGAUAUUGACAUUUGACUUCAUGGCAGAAGUCCAGAAUUUGUCAUUACAGGUUUAUUGAUAUGCUCCAGGCUCGGGGGGGGGGG